AUGGCGAUGCAAUGGCAGAUCCCUCGGGGCAGAAGUACCCAAUGGGGCAAGGCCACUGAGAAUAGUCUGCUGUUCCUGCGGUACAGACGUACCCAGCAGGGCACGUCUCGCACCUCUCUGCAGAUUCGGCUUGUGGAAGCAGGUUAUAAGUACCUGCAGGGCAUGAUACUGGACUUACGCUCCCAGCGGGGCAGUAUUUCCCAGCUGGACACUCAAGCACUUCCUGAAGAUGCAUGA